AUGUCCACGAAUACCCCGCUCAAUAUCGAUGACUACACCGUCAUCACUGAGGGGAAGGCGCAUAUCUUGACUCCUAAGGAGUACAAGGUGUUCUACAACCCGGUCCAGCAAUUCAACCGAGACUUGUCAACUGCCGGGAUCCGCGCGUGGUCCGAGCUUUACGUUGCUGAACAAGAGGCUAAGAAGCAGGAAAAGAUAAAAGAAACAGAAGAGAUUAAAGAAAUGAAUGUUAAGGCUGAACCUUCGACUCCAGCCCCUUUUAUCAACAUUUUGGAAGCCCUCUCCGCCACCGGUCUCCGCGCCAUCCGCUACGGCAAGGAGAUUCCCCUUGUCAAAAACGUGGUUGCCAACGAUAUGCUUGAUGAAGCGGUUUACGCCAUCAAUCGCAAUAUCGAAUACAACGCCGCUUCCAACGUGGUUGCCAAUCACGGUGACGCUAUCAAGUACAUGUCGAACCUUCCCUCCGACAAGACCUUCCACGUGGUGGAUUUGGACCCGUAUGGCACUGCUGCGCCGUUUAUCGACUCGGCGUUGAACGCGAUCAGUAACGAUGGGUUGAUGCUCGUCACCUGUACCGAUUUGGGAGUUUUAGCUGGUGCUGGGUUCCCGGAAAAGUGCUUCGCCUUGUACGGGGGGACCACGUUGCCCAAGGGGGCCUCCCACGAGGCAGCCUUGCGCUUGGUACUCCACAUGAUUGCUACCACGGCGGCCAAAUACAAGAAAGCCAUUGAACCAGUGUUGUGCUUAUCCAUUGAUUUCUAUGUCCGGUUGUUCAUCCGUGUCAGAACGUCGCCAAUCAAGGUUAAGGAGCUUGCUUCCAACACCAUGAUCACCUACCACUGCUCCGGAUGUGGUGCCAACGCCAACCAGCGCUUAGGGAAAUGUGAAACCAACGCGAAGGGCACCGCUAACAAAUUUGGCUGGGCUGCUGGCCCGCCAGUGAGCUCCCAUUGCCACAACUGCGGCUUCCUGAACCACGUCUGCGGCCCAAUGUGGGCCGGGCCGUUGCAGAACCAUACAUUUAUCGAUAAAAUCCUCGCCAUCAAUGCUACCUUAGAUGAUGAGACCUACGGCACCAGAGCCAGAAUCACCGGGAUGUUGACCUUGGCCAGACAGGAGUUGUCAGACGCGCCGUUCUACUUCGACCCCACCAAGUUGACUUCCAUCUUGAAGACCCAGCCCAUUCCGAUGAAGUCCUUGGUGGCUGCGUUGGGCAAUUCGGGCUUUGAAGUCUCUUUGACCCACGCCUCCAGCGGUGCCAUCAAGACUAACGCGCCGUGGAGCGUGGUCUUGGAGGUAUUUAAGCAAAAGUUGGCCGAAAAGUUGGAAAUUGCCGAUGAGAGCGCCAAGGCGAAAUUGCAAUCCAGCGCUAACGGCUCCAAGAACAUCACGUCUGGGAUGGCGGGCUACAAGAUUAUGAACCAGGACUUGACCCAAAGCUUUUCCAAGGAGCUAAAGGAGAGGUUGGGGAUAACCGAGCAAACACCGUUUAUCGUUGACUUUGAGACCCCCAACGAGGUCAGCAAGAGGGUGGAGAAGUUGCGAAAGGUCAAGAUCGUGCGGUUCCAACAGAACCCAACCAAGAAUUGGGGGCCAAAGGCUAAGCCUCAGUAG